GCGUGUGUCCAAUGCACAGCCGCAAAGCGGAAAUGUGGAAAGGAGGCUCCGGCGUGUGUACGCUGCAGCGAGAAGGGCAUUGCCUGCUCGUACCCGCAGCGACCCGGCGUCAGCAGUGGAACUGCCGAUAGGGGAGCCGAGCAAGACGAGGGAGCUGCACUGGCGCUGUCCUCCAGAUCCCCCCGGCCGCACUCCUCCCUUUCCGGGGCUACCUCAGGCUACCCAUCAAGCGCGGCCACUGGGAGUCACUGCCGCUGGUUCCUGUCCGCCGAAUCAUGGGCACUGCAUCACGGUUGCUCCUCGAUGGUAGCAGACGGGUCUCUGUUACCAGUGGCCGAGGAAACACUCUCGCAUUUCAUCAACAGGAUCAAGGCGUGGGCGGCAGACUGGGUGCGCCAUGGUCACAGCCCCUUGAUGCACAAGCACCUGUACAGCGGCUGGCUACCAGACUGCCUACAGGACUGCCUCACCUCGCUGACGGCGUACAACACGGCCUCGUCUGACAGCGCAAAGGCCACAGCCCUCCGCAUCAUCGACGACCGCGUCAACCGCCUCAUGCAAAGCCAGCCCCAGCCCAACAACAACGACGACGACGACGACGACGAUGACGACUACGGUCUGAACCCCAGCGUCCUGCUCACCACCCCAACCCACCUGGCCCGCACCCAAGCCCUCUUCGUCUACCAACUCAUCCGCCUCUUUGACGGAGACAUUCGCGCGCGCGCCCAGGCCGAGCAGCACAUGACGACCCUCCGAACCUGGGCCAAACAAAUGCUCGAGAGCGCCCGCCUCGACUGCGCCUGCGCCGACCUGCCCCCCCUCUCGCCCAACCCCAAUCCUCACCAACGCCUCCUGGAAGACAUGAGCAUGAACAUGAACGGCAACCCCUUCGCCCUUCCCCGCGACCCCCACCUGACGCCCAUCCCGUCGCUCUGGCGCGCUUGGAUCCACGCCGAGUCGGUCCGGCGCGUCUACACGGUUGCCAUGUACAUGCAGAACGUCUAUGACACGCUGCGGCUCGGGCAUAGCGUCUGUCCCGGCACGAUCGCCUUCACGGCGCAGAACGGGCUGUGGGAUGCUGGGAGUGGGUAUGUGUGGAUGGAGAGGUUGCAACGCGGGGCGGCGGGAGGGGAGAAGGUGGCCGGGAGGAACGCGGGAGGGGCUGGGAUGAUGGGGGCAGGGAGUAAAGAUAUCGAUGAGUUUACUGUGGCUGUGCUGGAGCUUACGUUUGGCGUGGAGAUCGUCGAGAAAUGGAUG